AUGAAAAACACCGUCGCGACGCUUUUCCUCGGAGAGAACGACAUCACGGAAAUACCGAACGAGACGUCCGAUCACAUCUCCAAAAAUCUGCACGGUCUCAGGCAGUUCAAGUCUCUCAUUUGGCUCAACUUGGACGGAAACAGAAUAUAUAAAAUCCAUAAGCACUCUUUACCGCUUACUCUACAGACCGCCAGUAUUUCGCAUAAUUUGAUCGAGAAUUUUCCGCUAGACAUCAUCGCAACGUUGCCUCAUCUGCAAUGGCUCUAUUUGCGCGGGAACCACAUAAAAACGAUACCUGAGCACACGUUUAAUAGGAAAUUAUGGCUCGAGAAGAUCGAUCUGGGCGAAAACUACCUAAAAACUUUGCCGCGAAAUCCGUUUAACAACUCUGUUUACAUACGCGACCUGAAUUUGGCUCUGAACGAUUUCAGAACUCUUACGGCGAACAGUUUUUCCGGGUUACAGUGCGGCCGAAUCAUACUUUCCUACAACUUGUUAGAAACCCUCGACAUAGACACGUUUUAUGAAAUCGACGAGUCCUUGGAAUAUCUUGACUUCGAUCAUAAUAAUUUUCAACAAAUACCGCAAGCCGUCAGCCAAUUAAAAUCUCUGAAAUACCUCUACUUAUCGUCGAACUUGCUAAGUGAAAUACCUGACAGAGCGUUUGAAAAUUUUUGUUUCAGCUUAAAAGCUCUUAGUCUUAGCGGAAAUCAUUUAACUAAAGUUCCCACAAAAGCGUUGCAAAAUUGCUCGAAAAUUGCACAUUUUAAUAUAGCUUUCAACGAAAUCUACGAGAUUGGCGAGAACGACUUUAGCAACUGGGGAUAUAAUAUAAAAAACCUUGUCUUGGGUAACAACCGCAUUACAACGCUGAAAAGCCAGAUAUUCGCCGAUUUGCGAGAGCUAAAAGAACUUAGCUUGAGUUUUAACCCUUUGAGAGUCAUUGAUAGUGACGCAUUCACUGGAUUAGAGGGUUUGGAGAGCUUAGAAAUGUCAUUCGGACUCGACCGUGAAGAUUUGCCCCACGACAUUCUCAAGCCAUUAACAAACCUAAAAUGGCUCUCAAUCGACCACAACAACUUCCAUACCUUAUCCGAAGUAUCCUUCGACGCCCUUUCCGAACUUAAGUAUCUCAAUUUAGAAUUCAAUAAAUUAAAAACCAUACCGACUAACCUUUUUAAACCGAUUCGCCACUCCAAAUUAAAUGAUGUCCGCUUUUCCAGCAACGAGUUAACCGGCAUUCAAUCCGACACAUUUCGCUCUUUAGUCAGCUUAGAAACAAUCCUACUCGCAGGAAAUAAAAUUAAACACAUUCAAACAGACGCAUUUAGUGAUCUGCAGAGUCUUAGCAAAUUAAUUAUCUCAAACAACCUCUUGAGUCGAAUUAGCCCGGGAGCCUUUUCUAAUUUGCCUGCGUUAUCUAAACUCGAUUUACAGAAUAAUGUACUGUCUGAAAUUUCUUUUAUUUAUUUUGCUAAUAUUUCCAAUCCUCUAAAAUUAAAUUUAAGUCGAAAUCAGAUUUCAUCUUGCAGUUCCGAUAUGAAAAUUUUAAACAUUGAAGUAUUAGACUUGCGGUACAACAAUUUGCCUCGCGUGCCCAACUGCUUAGAACACACUGCUUUACUCAAGAAACUCUAUUUAGACUUUAAUAUUAUUUCAGCUCUCGAGCAUAAUGGUUUUAUGCAUCUAACGUCAUUAGAAUAUUUAUCUUUGCAACAAAAUAAUAUUAUGAUUGUAAGCAGAAAGGCUUUCUUUGGUUUACAAAAUCUACAAUACCUGGAUUUAUCAAAAAACAUUUUAAACCAGCUGCAUACAAAUCAGUUUACAAACAUGCCAAAACUACGUAUAUUAGAUUUAAGCGGUAACAGACUCACAUACCUUCCCAAAGACAUAUUCAGUAACACUUUGCUGGAAAUGUUGGACAUCAGUUACAAUGCAUUUUCCGUUGUUCCUAGCCUAAGUCUAUCCGACGUCGGAUUAACAUUAAGACAUCUCUCAAUGGCCACCAAUAACAUCGAACACAUCGAUAUAACCACGUUCCCAGAUAUGCCGUUUUUGCAGCAUUUAAAUCUAAACAGCAAUAAAUUAACCAUCCUGCCGGACAACGUUUUUACCAGUCUGGGAUUGCUGCAGACGCUCGACCUGGGAUCCAAUCCUUUACGUGCGAAUUUCAAAGAGCUGUUUCACUACGCGCAGAGUUUGAAACAUUUAAACUUGGCCGAUUCCGGAAUUACUUCCACUCCUCAUUUACCGCUGCCAAACUUAGUCCACCUCAACCUAUCCCACAAUCACAUCGAAUCGAUUAAUAAGAACUCCGUUCAAGAACUAUCCAGACUGAAGACGCUGGACCUAAGCCAUAACGACAUGUUCCAAGUCCCCUCGCAUCUGUGGAUUCAUCUGCCCAACCUAAAAACUCUCGAUAUCUCAUAUAAUCCAAUCAAAGAGAUUAUCUCUGAUAGCUUUUACGGCUUGCAAAAUUUACAAGUCUUAAAUAUACAGGGUCUAAGAUAUUUAAACAGGUUUGAAAGUAAAGCAAUAACGCAACUAAGAGUAUUAUCUACCAUCCAAAUGCAAACAUGGCCAAAGAUUGAUCAUUUCUCCGACCAAUUUUGUAACUUACUAUCGAAUACCGACCAGCUAAGAAUACUUAAGAUACACUUUAUGGAAAACAAAUUAGAUGAGCAAUUGUUAUGUGUAACUAAUAGGAAAAUUCGUCAUUUAGAAAUAACAGGAAGAAACUUAAAGUCAAUAGACAAGGAUGCGUUUGCAAGAUUCACUAGAAAUCCUGAUUUGGUACUAAAAAUAAUCAACACUGACAUCGAGGAAUUGCCAGCAGGCCUAUUCUCAAACAUGUACAAAAUUUCAUAUCUUACAAUAGAUUUAAGGAAUAAUCUACUCACAUUUUUGAGUCCAGAAAUAUUUUAUGGCAAUUCCAGUUCAUGGAAGAAUGUAGGAACUACAUUAAUUUCAGGUGGUCUAACAAUAUCCGACAACCCCUUCCGUUGCGGGUGUCAUCUGGCGUGGCUCGGCCACUGGCUGAGGAGGUGGACGCGCGAGAUUCUUCAGACGCACAACGCGCCCGUCGAGACUGCAAUGCGCAUGCACGAACUGGUCAACGAGGCCACGUGCACGGACAGCACGACCGGCGUCCGGAUUCCGAUCGUGCAACUUCCGCCCGAAGACAUGAGCUGCCACGCCAGUGCACUAAGUAGAGCGCCAAAUCCAAAUAACACUUCUGUGAUGUUAAUUUUAUUAUUGUUGUUGUUUAUUGUUAAUUUUGUACAUUGUUUUACCAUUGUUUAA